AUGAAUCCACGUAUCUAUCCAACUAUCGAUCCACGUAUAAAUCUACGCAUCAAUCCACGUAUCCAUACACGUAUACAUCCGCGUAUCAAUCCACGCUUCAAUCAACGUAUCUAUCCACGCUUAUAUCCACGUAUAUAUCCACGAAUCCAAACACGUAUCUAUCGACGUAGGAAUCCACGCAUCAAUCCACGUAUCUAUCCACGCUUAUAUUCACGUAUCUAUCCACGUAUCUAUCCAGGUAUCCAGCCACCUAUCAAUCCACGUAUCUAUCCACGGUUCUAUCCACAUAUCAAUACACGUAUAUAUCCACGCAUCCAUCCACGUAUAUAUCAACGUAUCUAUCCCCGAAUCUAUCCACGUAUCUAUUCACUUUUCAAUCCAGGUAGCAAUCCACGUGUCUAA